AUGGCGGUGGCCGCAGGGAACAUGAAGGCGAAGGGAGCAGGAGAGCGCGAGGAUGAGAGGACAAGACGAGCGAUGAUACAACUUCGUCUCUGGAAUUGUGCUGCUGGCUUGCUCGUAGUUGCCUCCUCGCUACUUGUCGAUCGAGCAGCAGCGUUCUCAGUGGCAGGAUCCCCUUGCUUACGACGGCAACAAGGGAGCGCGUCCUGUUCGUCCAGAGGAGCUACGAUGUCCGCGAGACCUUCAGAUCAAACUGAUCAAGCAACUUCUAACUCAUUGUUGAGCAGAAGACAAGUAUUUCAGCUCGCAGGUGCUUUUGUGGUCGCCGCGCCCCUUGCCAGUGGCGCUGAAGAUUCCGCCUUGGGUUCGAGAGCACCGAUGGGCGCUGACGUGCUGGAUCGUCCAAGUUUCCGAAAGCGCCAGGACUUUCUUCUCGAAGAAGUAUACAGCCCGGAAUCGCUUGAAGACAUCCCCAUCCCUGUGAAUGGUAAGCAGAAAACACUGUCGAAGUUGAAGGGCAGCAAGGCUACAAUAGUGAUGAAUAUCAAGUUGGACGACCCGGAGACAGUCACUCAGAUCCCUGCCCUCAAGACCCUCGUCUUGCAGUACGCAGAUCAAGGGCUCAACGCGAUCUGCUUCCCUACGGAUCAAGGAGAUUACGAACCGGACGACUCUGCUACUGUCAGGAUCAAAGUGGCCCAGCAGUAUGGAAUGAAGAGCUCGUUGAAAGGUCCCAUUAUUGUUACAGACAAGACAGACAUCGUAGGGAAGUUCACUCAUCCUUUGUACCGGUACAUGACCACCAACCUUCCCAACCCCAACAACAUCACGCGAAUCACUCUCAACUACGAGAAGUUCUUGCUGGAUGCAGACGGCCAGGUCCUCAGAAGAUACCCAAGGCUGUGGUCUGCUGAGAGGAUGGAGAAAGACGUGAAAGCGGUGCUGGCAGGUCAGCCUCUACCUCCUGUGGACCCCCAGUGGCUGUUCGCGUGGAAGGAGGCCGACAAGGAGGCGACUCGCUCGAUCUACAGCUUCAGGAAACACUACAACUUCUACGAUCAGCAGGAGGCUGGUGCCGACUGGGCUGGAACCAAAGCUGAGUUCUUCACGCCCGGGUCCAACGCCCCCAGAUUCAAGUCCGUUACCAAGGGCAAGCCUCUUACGAUCCCCCUGCCCGAGUAGAGAGAGGCAUACACAACUGUCAGCUCAUUGAAACCUUUUCUUUGAGUCGAUGGUUUCCUCCUUACUUCAUCCUCUUUUUCUUCUUAAAGCCUUGCGCAUUG